GCUGCAGCAUCAGCGGCAACAAAAGUGUCGACAAAUCGGGAUCUGUUUGAUGCCCUGUGCCUCCUAUCUUCACAGACAGCAGCAGCAGCAGCAGCGCUGCAGCUACUUCCUACUCCACCAGGCCCCCUCUCCGCAUUUCAGGGCCCGCUGGCAGAUGCGUGGUUUCUUGGCUAUGAAGUUCAUUGCUGCCGCUUGUCUUUAUCUCCAUAUCAGGUACAGCAACGCCUGCAAGGCUUACUUGGGACCUCAUUUCUAAGGGCUUGGGGAGGAUCCGCUGCCUUUUAUUUCAUGUCAUACGGAGAGAGUCGGGUCUCCUUGCUACAGCAGGCCUUCCCUCACCAAAAUCCCCACUGUAUUGCUGCUGCGGCAGAGGGGUUGAGGGGUAGCAAUUUACCGGUCAUAGAUGCUGUGGGGUUGCUACUAUUGUUGCAAGUAAUGCACCGGAGAGCCUUACAGAUUUAUGCCUUAUACGAACAGGGGCCCCAGAAGCCUCUCUCACAUCAGUUCUUCAUCGAUAUCCUGCUGGGGGCGCUUUCGCCUGCAGCUGCUGCCCGUGCUACUGCGCUAGAACACACGUUAAAGAACCAGCAGCGCUUCGUAGAUUUAUCAUUUGAGGACUUCGGGACUCUACUUUUGCUGGCCAGCGAUGACCCUCUUAGGGCUCUGCCCCUUCCAGAGAAGGGGGUAUUAAAUUGGGCCUUUGGGGGCAUUUUUGUGGCUGUUGCCACUACAUGA